GAGAGGGAUAAGCCACACUUGGAUGAAGGAUUCCACUGGAGCAACGAGGGAUUUCCAAGUGUAGGAUCAGGAGAACUGGACGACAGGUCUCAGGUCCUCCAUUCUCACACACUGGACAAGAUAGAGCUCGUGAAGAGAGAUGGACGGAUGGACACAGGGGGAACACCGGGCCCAGGACUGACAGAUAUGACAUGACCUCUCCAUCUGGCUGUUUAAACUGAACUGCACCUCCUGACAACCUACUGUUACUCGAUUAUUAUUCACAGAUGCCGUUGGGAUGACUGACCACCGGCACUGAGUAACAGCACAAGUUGGGGAGUUCACUCACAGAGUUGGAUACUACUAAAGUCACUAUGGAUAUGUUCAAAUGUUUGAGCUUACUUUUCUUCACUCUUCCUCCACAAGUUUGUUUCCAAGUUAGACCUCGUGCCCACGCUGAAGAGAGGCUGCUCCAGGAUCUGUUUGUACAUUACAAUAAGCUCUCCAGGCCUGUGGAAAACACUUCAGACACAGUGAUGGUCCACUUUGGCCUUUCCAUUGCCCAGCUUAUUGAUGUGGACGAGAAGAACCAGAUGAUGACAACAAAUGUCUGGGUCAAGCAAGAAUGGAAUGAUUACAAACUGCGCUGGAACCCGGAGGAAUACGAGAAUGUCACCUCCAUCCGUAUCCCCUCAGAGAUCAUCUGGAGGCCAGACAUUGUCCUCUACAACAACGCGGACGGCGACUUUGCAGUGACCCACCUCACGAAAGCGCAUCUGUUCCAUGACGGUCGGAUCAAGUGGAUGCCACCAGCGAUUUAUAAGUCUUCUUGCAGCAUCGAUGUUACUUUCUUUCCUUUCGACCAGCAAAGCUGCAAGAUGAAGUUCGGCUCGUGGACGUACGACCGCGCCAAGAUCGAUCUGAUCAACAUGGAUAGCGAUGUGGACCAGAUGGACUACUGGGAGAGCGGCGAGUGGGUCAUCAUUAAUGCAGUGGGCAAGUACAAUACCAAAAAGUACGAGUGCUGCACGGAGAUCUAUGCAGACAUCACUUACUAUUUCAUCAUCCGGAGGCUUCCGCUGUUCUACACUAUAAACCUCAUCAUCCCCUGUCUGCUCAUCUCCUGUUUGACUGUGCUGGUGUUUUAUUUGCCAUCGCAAUGUGGAGAGAAGAUUACUUUGUGUAUCUCAGUGUUACUGUCUCUCACAGUGUUCCUCCUGCUGAUCACUGAGAUUAUACCGUCUACAUCACUGGUGAUUCCACUGAUCGGUGAAUACCUGCUGUUCACCAUGGUCUUCGUCACACUCUCCAUCGUAAUUACAGUUUUUGUGCUAAAUGUACAUCACCGCUCGCCACAAACCCAUGGCAUGCCUCAGUGGGUGCGGAGGGUGUUCCUGGACAUGGUUCCUCGCGUCCUCUUCAUGAAGCGUCCGCCGGGCACAGCGAAGCAGAACUGCAAGAAGCUUAUCGAGAUGAUGCACCGCCCAACAACGGUAUCUGCAACGGGCAACUCGCUGGCCUUUUGGACCGGGUUAGAGACAGGACUGAGACAAAUGGGACAGAUAGAGAAUACACUGCCAAAGACUCCACCUGAAAGUCCAAGCAUCCUUGUGUGCUCCCCUUCUCCACAUUCUUCUCCCCCUGAGGGCCAUACCGAGGAGGAUCACCCACUAAAGGGCAACAUUUUCUGCCAGUCCACAUCCAGCCAAUAUUCAGUUCUCUCAGACAAGCAACUCCUACGUGGACACAACUCCACAGGCUUGUCCUCUUCCCAGUUAUCCUUGCCACCGUCUUUACCGCUAGGCCCACUUCACAGCCUAUACAGGGGAGAACUGAAUACAUUGGCUCCAAACGGCCGCUCCGUCAGCGUAGAAGAAAUGUGUAACCAACAGACGGAGCUUACUCAGCGAGCUGGCCAUCACUGUCGCUCCUGCAGCUUCCAGUACUCCUGUCUGCAUGACGAAGGGUCAGGGGUCAUCCGGUUCACGGGGCGGGUGAAGAAACAAGCCCCAACAGAUCACCACAGAUCCCAAACUCUCACAGCAGAGUUCACCAAGGAUGCCAGCACCCAGCAGGACACCAUAGUCCCAGCUAUUUCCCCGGCUAUGCAACGGGCCAUAGAGGGAGUUCAGUACAUCGCUGAUCAUCUCAGGGCUGAGGAUGCAGACUUUUCAGUGAAGGAGGACUGGAAGUAUGUGGCCAUGGUCAUUGACAGGAUAUUCCUCUGGAUGUUUGUACUGGUGUGCAUACUGGGAUCUGUGGGACUUUUUCUUCCUCCUUGGCUGGCCGGAAUGAUCUAGAAACUUGCCAUCAAGGACAAAGCCAAUAACACUGACAGAAGAACAUGUUGUCUUAUAUUAUAAAAAAAAAGGAAUUUGUCAUUUAUCAUUUUAUUUUAAUUUUUUCUAAGGGAACUACGAGUCACAUUCCUCGUUCUUGCCCUAGGUUAUCAAAAGGUAACACAUGGAGAAAUGAGAAGAAAUAUCUAUCGUUGAUUCCGGUGGGUGAUAUAAAUUCUUUAUGAGGGCAAAAGGGCAACAGCGAAAAUAUAUCUUUCUGUUUCCGUUUUGAAGUUGAGCUGCUCAAGCUGUCACUUUCGUGAAAAACAGUGAAGAAUGGAGUAUGACCUACUUACAACUGUGGAUAACGUCACAGAAAGACAGAGGCAUUGUGAGCUGUCAAUAAAACUAAUAAAAAAUUGUUUGGGUCUGAUCUCAGUCUGACAAAGCUGCGCUUUCACCAAAUAUUCCUAAAAUUGUCUUUCUGUGCGACCUGAUUUGUCAGACCUCUGUGCUGGGAAGGAUUUCUCUGAAAGACUUGUUUGUGUGUCUGUGGGUAUUCAGAUGCAACAGGUUUUUGCAAUGUCCACUGCUUAGGCAAGGACAAGUACAGCACUGUACUUUUUCAAAACAAAGCAGUGGAAUGAACAUAUUUUUUCAAUAUUUCUUUCACCUUGUCUCUUUGUAACCACCACAGCAAUUUGAUCAAUUAACCCUAACCCUUUGUUACCAGGAAGGGAUGUACUGUCAUUUUCUCAAGUCCUGCACAACUCACCCCUCAACCUUGGCUUCUCAAAAAAUGCAAGGGCACAUUUAUCUCUUUCUAUUGCUUGAUGAAUGAAUAGAAUAGGAGUGGGAGGAUUGCAUUUCAGUCAUUGAAGUUAAAGUUGAUAAUUAGCGUAAAUUAUAUAUAUUUUUAAAUAUACAUAUAAAUAUGAAUAUAACUGGCAGAUUGGAAGGAGAUAAAGAUGAUUAUGAUGUUAUGAAAGACCUCUUAAAUAAAAAAAACGAGAAACACACACUGAUGUAAACAUGAAAGUGUUUAUGGAAACUUUUAAUUAACACCAGCAUUAGUGUAUUACCCUAUACCCCAAACUGUGAAGACUUCGUGGGAUUUUAAAAUUGAAUUGCUCUAAAACAUUGUUAAUAAAAUCCAAUUCUGGCAACUUUGAUGCUGACAUGACUUUUGCAGCUCUGCUUUAUGGGUCUACUCAACAUCAGCAAAUGGCUAAAUUAUUAUUGUAAUUUCUGCAGAGUAACGAUUAAACCAUUAGUUCUGUAUAAAAAUGUUAAAACCAUUAAGCAAAGGUUAAUUGUGCUGCAAGAUGGAUGGAUUGAAAUAACUUAACAGGGGACUGUGUAAUAUGAAAUGCUGUAUAUGAGGUGUAUGUAAGGACACUGGCGUUGGGUGGUGUGGCUGCAGCUCUGUCGGCUCACCACAAACACGAGAUGAAUUUCCAUACUUUUUUUUGUAACAGACAUUCACGGUCCCCAGAUGAUGAGUCGUGAGGGUUUUUGACGAUUCCUAGACCUUUCGUUGAGCACCACCAACGGGUCACCUAUCCACUGAAAUAUCUCAGCGUCUUUAAGAUUGGUUGUUAUAUUUUGUGCCGCUAUUCAUGGUCCCCAGAGGAUGGAUACUAGUGACUUCGCUUUUUUCCAGUCACUGUCGAUCUUCCAGGAAUCGUACAUAUGUAUACGUGCAGCUUGGUUUGCUUGUGUUUCCGGUGCCCAGUUGCCUAUGAACAAAUGUAAAACACCCUGAAGUUAUAAUGACCUGAAUUACUGAGAAUGCUCACUGACAAUGUUUGAGUGGAUUGACUUGGAAUAUUGUGCUGACGUUUGUGUUUCACUUUGCAUCUUCAAAGCUUUACUUUGUCCAACAUUAGUAACAAAGCACCUGCAACACUAUGAAUUUGCCAUAAGCCUCAGCUUUACUUUUUGUUUAGCGCCAUGGCAAAAAUUUGCAUGGAGAUCAUGAACAUGGUAAACACACCUGCUAGACAUCAGCAUGAUAGCUUUGUUAUAUGUUAAGAUGAUAAUUUAGCAUUUAGCUCGAAGCAUUGUGCUGCCUUAUAGAACCACAAGCAUACGGUAGCUGCAGAGAAUUUCCAUAAUGAAAACAGGAAAGAUACAAAUGGCUGUGGCUCUGGUAUUGUAAGAUCUCAAAACACAUUUUCCACAUAUUGUACAAUUAUUAAGUUAUAGCCAGAAGGGUUUUGAUUAUUUGUUAGAACAAAAACAAAUUAAGAAAUGGGUAAACACUAUUACAGUUUUUAAUGUAUUUUACAAUGCAUUACAACCAACGGCGCAGCUGGCUGUGCUGUUCAUGACAGCAUAACAGCUCAAAUAUAUUUCGAGUAAUAUUUUCAGAGUUUAAAAUGUUCUUUUAAGCUGUUUAAAAUUCCUUACAUUUUACAUAUAUAUAAUCUUUAUCGGCUUGUAUGCACAUCAAUUAUUUCUUAUCAUUAAAUUGUAAUGUUCUACAUUUUGGAAUUUCUUUAUUUUGAACGCUUUACUUAAACCUUGGUGCAGUUCUUUUAUACCAUUUGAGUUUUUGUGCCAAAU